AUGGACUGGUUUAACACCAGCGGGAUGGACGCGUUCACUGUGAUCCAUCUGAAUGCCUCCUGGAGUCUGGACAGUGGAUAUUCUCUGGGAGCCAUAGCCAGCAUUGCUGCCCUUGUAAGUUUCCUCAUUCUCUUCACGGUUGUUGGGAAUGUUCUGGUGGUUAUUGCGGUGCUGACGAGCAGGGCUCUGAAAGCCCCACAGAACCUGUUUCUGGUGUCGCUCGCCACCGCGGACAUCCUGGUCGCCACCCUGGUGAUGCCUUUUUCCCUGGCGAAUGAACUUAUGGGCUACUGGUAUUUUGGGAGCGUUUGGUGUGGUAUUUAUCUGGCUUUGGAUGUUUUGUUCUGCACUUCGUCUAUUGUUCAUCUGUGCGCAAUAAGCCUGGACCGCUACUGGUCCGUUACGCAGGCUGUAGAGUACAACCUGAAGCGGACUCCCAAACGCCUCAAGUGCAUCAUCUUGAUUGUGUGGCUUAUAUCUGCCUUCAUCUCAUCUCCGCCGCUCUUAUCUAUAGACAGCAACACCAACACCAGCUCUCAGCCUCAGUGUGAGCUGAAUGAUGACACUUGGUACAUCCUCUCCUCCAGCAUCGCCUCCUUCUUCGCCCCUUGCUUAAUCAUGGUGCUGGUGUACAUCCGGAUAUACCAAGUGGCCAAAACCAGAACCAGAACAAUGUCGGGGAAAAAUCUCAGGCCAGAUGGUGUUACACAAACUGAGAAUGGACUGAGCAAAGCCAACUCCCCUUACCAUGACGAGAGAGAGAACGGUCACUGUCAGUGCCCGCCUACGCCCAGCCAACGCACCAUCACCGCCGGGCAGCAGACUGAGGAUGCUGACAUGGAGAGCUCCUCUUCGGAGGGUAAAGGUCAAAAACCCCAGCAGGAGGACUCCAAGAAAGCCAAGAGGGCCAGCCACAAGAAGAGCUCCCUCUCCAAACAGUCCACACGCAUCUCCAGAGUCAGUAACAAAUCCAUGGACCUCUUUGCCUCCAGGAGGAAACGUCGCCGGAGCUCCUUGGCCAGGAAGAAGGCCUCUCAAGCCAGGGAAAAGAGGUUUACGUUUGUCUUGGCUGUGGUGAUGGGGGUGUUUGUUUUGUGCUGGUUCCCCUUUUUCUUCAGCUACAGCCUGUACGGUGUGUGCAGGGACCCCUGUAAGAUCCCCGACCCGCUCUUUAAAUUCUUCUUCUGGAUCGGCUACUGUAACAGCUCCCUCAACCCUGCCAUCUACACCAUCUUCAACCGGGACUUCAGACGCGCCUUCCAGAAGAUCCUCUGCAAGUCGUGGAAAAAGUCCUUUUAG